CUGGAUCUACCACUGUCUGGCAUCGACCUUACACAAGCCACAAAUUCAUUCCAUGUCGAGGCAACCUUUUCAUCGUGGCCGGAGACCGCAAAAGCCAAGGUCAAAUUCAAAAGAUACUUUAAAAUAAUGUCAUCAAACAUUGCGGUCAUCUUCCAUUAUGAACUCACCUCCAGUGGGUCAUCCGUACCCCUAACUUCAAAGCAGAGACCCUAAGGAAACGCCUGUGUAUGAAGUACCACGUAACAUGGAGUAAAAUAUACAGAAACAGCCGACACCUCAGUGCAAAUUCCUGCAGUACAGACUAUGCAGGAGCACCACACUUGGACGACAACAGCAGUUUCACGGCUGUUUGCAUUGCACAACAGAAGUAAAACCAUAUGGAAAGAUCUAUGAUGUGUUACCAGGGCACAAGAAGGAUUUAAUACCAGGAACGUGUAAAGACCAAAAACAGUUGAGAUCUGCCCCCGUCAUGCUGACCUGGAAGCUACCCAGACUGCUAAACGUUCACCAGGUGCCCAAGGUAUUUCAUGAAGACAGUAUUAUUUGUGGGUAUCGUUCCCCACCAAGUUCUGCCACUGAUUGUGUCCUAAGCCUCUUCCAAAUGACCAAUGAGACCGUUAAUAUUUGGACACAUUUUAUACCUACCUGGUAUUUCCUAUGGCGAAUGCUGGUACUUCUUUCCUCUCCUGGUUCCUUACAUGAUCCAUUUAUGUGGCCACUGUUUGUCUACCUUUUGUCCUGCUGCAUCUACCCGCUGAUGUCCACUUGUGCUCAUACAUUCAGUGUCAUGUCCACCCAAGCUCGGCACAUUUGCUUUUUCCUGGACUAUGGAGCUUUGAGCCUAUACAGCCUGGGGUCAGCCAUUGCCUACUCUGCAUAUAUCUUCCCAGAUCGGUGGGUGAACAGCACAUUCCACCUGUGGUUUGUAACUUGGGCUGUUUUCAACACAAUCAUCAGCACUGGAUUGUCCUGCUAUUCCAGGCUGGGUAUUCCUGUCCUACAUUAUAACAGCCAUCUGAUAGAAAGGUUUCCAGAGCAGACUCGUCCACGGCUUAGCAAGGUUUUUCGAGUAACGGCCUUUGCAUAUCCCUACCUGUUCGACAGCAUUCCAGUGUUCUAUCGGCUAUUCUUCUGCUCGGGUAAUGACUGCACACACAAUGCCACGCUUACCAUGCACAUCUGGCAUUCGAUCUUUGCCUUCCUUACUGGUUUUCUGUUUGCUACACAUCUCCCAGAGAGGCUCGCCCCAGGACGAUUUGAUUAUGUGGGUCACAGUCACCAGCUAUUUCACGUAUUUGGUGUCAUGGGAACAUAUUGUCAGAUGGAAUCCCUGAUUAUGGAUAUGAACCUAAGGAAGGAAUGGCUUCUGGAUCACAGUCUUACGCCAUCACUAUCUGGCACUCUGGGAGCCUGGUGCUUAGCACUGGGGAUUUCCUUACUGCUCAUUGCUGCUUUCUCAUGGGCUCUGUGCUGGAAGCCAAAGGAACAGGAAAAAAGAAAACACAUGUGAAGUGUUUUAGAUGCAGUAUAUGAUCUAGAUUGGAUGAAAUGAAACAAUAGUUGAACUAUGAGAAGUUUUUGUGGCAUAGUUUGCCUUGAUGGUCUAGGGAUGCAGUACAAGGACAUGUGAAUACAGAAUGCAUAGUAUGGUAUCCAAAAAGAAGAAACUAUUCCAGCAUUGCAGAGUUAUUCAGCGUCUUACGCAUUUAAUGUGCCAUUGAAUACUCGAAAAUACACAAACUUUUUUCAAUAACGCACUCCAUGGACUUAACAAUGCUGCAGAGCACUGAAAAAAAAAGAGAAGGAGCAUUAAUUUAUUGUUACCUGGCAUAUUGUCAGUGUGAAGAUCUGAGUGGGAAGUACAUGUUUCAGAUCCAUGAAAAUUCAGACUUAAAUAUUUCUAUGACCGCUAAGUGCCUCUGAAAACCAGCUGGUGGAGAACUUCCCUGUAACCGGUGUCCUUACCAGCUCUGAAGAUCACUCUGAAGUACUUGGUUAACCAGGAAUCGGACAUGAUGCGCACCAAGGAAUUGAAAAUCAGUUAGGAAUAAGUGGGGGUCCCAGCUCCUGAAUCUUUUCAAUCUUUAUUGUCUAUGUCUCUAAACUGAUCAGUUGUGACG